CUGAGCGCCCAUCUAAUCUUAUCCGCCCACUGGCCGCCGUCCCAUUUCUCAUCCAGCCCUCACCAUCGCAUGCGCAUCUCUCGCGCGCUCUUCAGAAUGUCUGCGACACCAGCUGCAGUGGUCAGGACGCCUGAACGCGCGGAGGAGCUACGGACGUCACUCGCAGAGAUCAGGGCACGCGUCCAGCAGGCGGCCUCGGCGAACGCGAGCGCAAAUAGGCAGCCAACACUGGUCGCCGUGUCGAAGUACAAGCCCGCGUCGGACAUUCUCGAGUGUUACGAAGACGGGCAGAGGAACUUUGGUGAGAACUACGUGCAGGAGCUGGUGGACAAGGCCGCGCAGCUACCGGCAGACAUCCGAUGGCACUUCAUAGGCACCUUCCAGACGAACAAGUCCAAGAUUCUUGCCUCCAUCCCUAACUUGUACGCCGUCCAGACCGUCGGGUCGGUCAAGGGCGCGGACGCGCUUAGCAAACAGCUCACCACCCGCACAACCCCCUUGAACGUCCUCCUCCAAGUCAACACCUCCGGCGAGGGCGCCAAGUCCGGGCUGCCCCCUCUCACCUCCUCGCCCGCGCCCGAAGACGCCGAGCUCGUCCAGCUCGCGCGACACAUCGUCUCCUCCUGCCCGCACCUCCACCUCCAGGGCCUCAUGACGAUCGGCUCGCUCACCGAGUCCCUGCACGUCACGGUGAAGCCGAACGAGGACUUCGAAAAGCUCAAGCAGACGCGGGACCUCCUCGAGGAGGCGCUCGCCGCGGAGAAGGGCAAGUGGGGUGAGGACGGACGGUUGCUGCUGAGCAUGGGGAUGUCGAGCGACUUCGAGGCGGCUUUGAGGACGGGGAGUGAUAUAGUCAGGGUGGGGACGGGUAUAUUUGGCAGCAGGCCAAAGAAGGAGGAAGUGAAGAGCGCAGCGUCUUGACAAUCGUACUAACACUGAAGAAGAAGAUUGAACGUAGUAAUACAUUGGUCACUACCUGUCGGUUGAAGUCCAGUUGAUUUGACGGUGGUCCGAAGUGAGGUGCGUAUGGGGAGUACGCGACUCGAGACGCAAGCUUUCACCGCAGUACUGUUCAAUCCGUUUCACCCUUCCUAGUCGCGACACUCUCAAGU